AUGGACGCUGAAGGAGACCCUGAUCCUGAAUGUGUACCAUUGGUGGUGGCAGGAAAUGAGGUGGCCGUUACCAGUGUCUCGCGUGGCGUCAAUUCACCAGAAGAGAAUCCCUCUAAACUUGAUGAAGAGAUGUCGUCGGUAAUGAACAAUGACGGAAGAGAUCUAUCAGGAGAGACUCAGCGAGGGCUCAAACGGACGACUGGCGAGGACGAGGUGAUUGAAGAGUGCGGGGUAGUACUAGCAUUAACAUCACCGUCACCAUCCGCUUCUCUCCAGGAUGUAACGCCAGAACUACGAAGCUCCAUCUUGGAGUAUUGGAAAUGCUAUUAUUAUCGUCACCGAAAGGAUGCGAAGGAGUCGGAAAAAUUAUGGGCCGAGAAGCAUAAAGGGCUAUUGGUUAAUUGUACGAACUGCAAACCGGAGAAACAAUGUAUGUUCGAGCCGGGACGCGCUCGGUGUACAAAUUGUACCAAAGGCAAGAUUCGGUGUUCGCAUAUGGAUACAUUUAAGGCAAUGUGGAUAGCCGAGCAAGUGAAAACUACUCCAGAGAUAGUUCGGGGAGUAACUGAUUCAGAGGUACACGGGUCUUCUUCUUCGCUAGUACUAUCCCUGAUGAAGGCGGAACGACAUGAACAGCUGAGAUCGGUGGCAGAAGCUUCAACACAAUCACAAGGAUCAUCUGAUUCACAAUCGCGUCAACGAAAACGCGGUAGAGAACUUCAACCCAAGGCAGCGCGAAGACCCCUGCGAACUUCUAAACGUAUUCAAGCUGCAGCGACCGAUUUAGAUGGACGAUGCUCGCAAACGAAGCCGUGUGCUGUAUCAAAAACGCCUGACGAACUUGAUAUUAUCGACCGAAAGCAGGGUUCAUCUUCAUUGGAAAGUGACCCAGAGAUGAGGGUUGAUCAGGGUAGUGAUAUCAGUCUUGGACAUACCGUCAAUUUUUCCAACCUGGUCCCGCUUGCAUUGCCCGUUACAACUGAAAUUCAUGCCGAACAAAAUCUUGACCUCAAACAGAGUCUUUCCAAUGUUGAUUCCUUGGAAUGUUCCCUUCGGACGCAGGAUAAUAUCUUUGAAGAUGUUCGUGCCACAAGUGGCGGCGUACUGGAGGAUCCAAGUCCCGUUGCAUCGAGAGAGGGCGUCGUCAAUCUCAGUGCUGCCCCGGGACUUCAGGCAUUUGAGGAAACGUCUCAUCCUGAGCCUCUUGAGAAUGGUACUGCAAUCUGUGCAACUGUGGUAGAUCCUCAAGCUGAAUACGGCGAUCACACCUCCCCUCCUGACGAGGACGAGGAAAUGGAAGAUACCCAGUCUAACGCGACGCUUCAGGCAUGGAUGUACAUCGUGAGAGCUGAGGCCGCUCUGAAGAACGGGUACUCCGAGGAGGUCAAAAGCUAUCUCGAUGGAGCGAUUGGAUAUUGCGAGGCCCUGUUUCAUUGA